UCACACUAAAAAAAUAUAAACAAGUGAAAAUGGAAGACUUACAAAUUUUUGAGCGGUCUCUUAAAGACUUUGAGUACCUAAAGGACUUCCAACAAUUUCCUCAUCCUAAAAGAAACGUUAAAGUGCGAGCGACUCAUUUAAAAAAGUCGCACCCUCGGUUUAAUCCCUUGACCGAUCUUAACGAAAACCAAUUUCGCAUAAAGUAUCGGUACACCAAGGAAAAUCUUCGCCGAAUAAUUGAAAUUGUACGGGAUGACCUUGAAAUCGAAUAUUAUGAGCCAUUAAAAAGGGAGCAGGUUCCAAUUGACCUGCAAAUCCUAUCCGCAAUUCGCCUAUGGGGUGGAACUGAGCACCCAAAACUGACUGCGAUGGCUCAUGGCGUAAGGUUACGGACUUUGGCGAAAAUAACACGGCGUGUUGCUUCAGUUUUGUCAUCAAAGGCGUCUCGAUAUAUAAGGAUGCCGGCUACUCUUUCCGAAAAGGAGAGAAUGAUGUGUUCAUUUCAGGCCAUUGCAAAUAUGCCGCAGGUUAUUGGGGCAUUAUUGCAGACAACUGUGAGAUUUCAACCGGAAAACACAGCACCAGAAGAUCUGGAUGAGGAAAACCCAUUUCCACCAAAGGAUGAUGAACUUCACUUGCAAAUCGUUUGCGAUGCUGCCCAUAAAAUAAGGGAUCUUGAUAUUCGACUGAUCGAAGAAAAUUCAAUGCCUUCCGAUACUGAGAUGUUUGCUCUGUCUAAAAUAAAGGAGCGCUUUGAACAAAAUGAAUUUCGCGGACGCAUUCUGCUAGGAGACGAAAUGGUCCGAUGCUCUUCAUCCCUGUUCACUCCCGUUCGUUUUCCAAAAAACGAGUCCGAGGAGCUCUACAAUCACGCCCACUCGAUCACCUAUGCAUCCGCUAGGAAAUGCCUCAACUUGCUGAUGAGUCGCUUCGGCAUUCUAAGUACCGAAAUUGCGGGCUCCUAUGGAUCGGCCAAGCAAACGAUUACGGCAUUGUCCAUUUUGCACAACAUGGCAAUGGAGUGGGCAGAUCCCAGUAUAGAUACAGAACAAAACAUUUCACCGUUUAACUCCACAUUCUUUAAUUCUAUAGGAAGAGCUUUAAAAACCGGGGAGGACAACAACAGAAAACAAUUUAUCAAAACCCAUUUUGCGUGCCAGUAAAUAGCAUACAUAACAAAACA